AUGCAACUCACUGUCGCAUGUCAGCUCUCACGAGUGGAAGAUGAAGAGCGAGUGAAGACUCUGCUAACACAGAUGAAUGUCACGGUCCUCAGCAACAUGCAAGACUUGAACUCGCCUCUUGUGUUCCUGAACGGUGACAUUUUCGGCGGGCUGACGGGAGACGUGUUGGACUUUUGUUCAGCUCUGAGGAGAUACAGAAGGGAGAACAGCUUGCACAUUGGUUGCAGCAUCAAACAAGGCAAUGUGUUUGUCUGCACCGAAGCUAGUCGCCCUCUCAUUCCCGUUUUCGUAGUAGAGAAACAAAAGCUGAAAGUGAAGGAAAGGGAUUUAGAUCCCAGCAUUCCACUGGAGACACUUCAGCGAAAAGACAAGCUGGACUUUCUCGAUUGUGAAGAAAAACAUCAGUCGCAAAUUGCCGUGACUAAAGACAAGAUCACGGAGGCCCACCAGUACUGCAUUACGAAUUAA